AUGACUGCAGUGGCUUCUCCGCCUAGUGUGCAAUCGGGGUCUCGUUUGGGAUGGUACGAUCCUGGUAACGGAGGACAAGGGCCCCUGUCUUCGAUGAACGCGGAAGAAGUCUCGCGCAUGUUCAUGCCAAGGAAGACCGUUCAGAGAUCGAAUUCGUCGUCCUCUCUAGCAUCCACAACCUCAUCUACGUCGACUGUCGCUGCGCAUCCGCAGACGGCCGAUGCCGCGCAGAAUUCGAACUCCGAAUCUAGCACGUGGUCUUCGAAAAAAAAACCCUCCAGGGGUAUCUGGCCAAACUCCAAGUCCGACCCGGUAGCCGGGGUGAGCAACGCCCGCCCCCAAGUAAUGCCUGCGUUUUCGGGGCCCGCAGCCGCCUCGACCAUGUCGGCCCUUCAGCAGCCGUCUUCCAUCGUUCCCUCCCAACACAUGCUUCAGUCUCCCCAGCAGAAUGGCGUCCGCGCUGGUAGCGCGCCAUCCGGGGACCCUCCCGCCGUCUUGACCCUCAUCCCUCUCAACGGAACCUUCGAAAAGAAACAGAUCAACGUACCGUUCUACCCGGAAGUCCUGCGGAUCGGUCGGCAAACAAACGCGAAAACGGUGCCCACCCCCAUGAACGGGUACUUCGACUCCAAGGUGCUUUCCCGACAGCAUGCGGAAAUCUGGGCCGAUAAGACCGGGAAGAUCUGGAUCCGGGAUAUCAAAUCGUCCAAUGGGACCUUUGUGAGCGGGAAGAGACUGUCUCCCGAGAAUCGCGAGUCGGAGCCCCAUGAGCUCCGCGAAGGUGACAUCCUGGAGCUGGGGAUCGACAUUGUUAGCGAGGACGGAAAAACGGUCGUGCACCACAAAGUCUGUGCCAAGGUGGAGCACGCGGGGAUCUACAGCUCGUUGCCCAACAUUCUGGACCUCACUCUGGGCGACCUGGAUCCCUCCUCUGGCAAUGGCCUGCUUCCUUCGCCCCUGAGCCAGCCGCUGGCACACCUCCGCGGGCGCGCCGGCAGCACGAUGAGCAACCGGAGUACCCAGAGCAAUGCCAGCAGUCAGUUCAAUGCGAUGCAACAGCAAAGGCAGAUGAAUUACUGGAAUUCGCCGAUCUCGAUCGAGCAGGUCGUCAAACGGCUCACGAACGAAAUGAAACAAGCCAAACAGCAAUCCCAAGAUCUUCGACAGACGGACGACUUCCUGACGACGAUCAUGAAGAACGGCCCCCCCGAAAAGGAGAAGGUCAAGCACUCGCCGGCGGAGAGUAGCGCCUCACGUCAGAUGAACGGGAGGCCGAAGAUGCCUCGUGUGGAUUCGUUCUCUCGGUUCUCCGAACCCCCGGCACCACCGCCCCAGCAACCGUUGCCCGAAAAGCCGGAUGCUUUGCCCCGGAAUGGCGUGGACGCCAUGUCUCCUCUCAAACGCUCGGACACCACCGACACGGAGAAGCAGAAGUUCGGGCCUGCUAGCCCAGCCAUUUCACGGGAAUCCAGCCAGAUCUUGUCGCUGAUCGAGGCUCUGUCAUCCGCAAAAAGGGAGCUUGACAGCCAAGGCGCCCGCGUGAAGGAGCUUGAGAACCUGUUGCUGCAAGAGCGGCAGGCUCGGGAAGCUGCCGAGGAGAGGGCCGGACGUCUCGAAAUCCGGCCCGAUCACGAUGUCCAGGCGAAUGUGACCGGCCCACCACUGGAUUCGCAUGCCGGUGAACUCCAGAAGGCCCCAUCCGAGAAUCGCGACCUCGACAGUGCAUUGGUUGUCGAACAGUUGACGGAAUCCACUGGCGAAUCCACCGAUGUGGACGAGCCGACAGAUCGCCAUACAGACCAACUGAAACAACGACUGGACUUCGUGAUGGCGGAGAUGGAGGAGAUGAGACAACAGGUUGCCGUUUUCAAAGAUCGCGCCCAGAAGGCAGAAGACGAGACCACGGAAACGCGCAAGUCUCUGACCGAGAUGAUCGAGACUCUGCGGCGUGAACGCGCGGAUGGCGAAACGGUCGGCCAGCCGAUCUCCGCCGCCCCAGAUGGCAUCCCUCCUUCUGGCUCCGCUCUCCCCGGCGAAGGGGAGGAUAAGGGUGCUGAGGCAAAGAGUUCCGAAAAGCAGGACUCCCUGUUGUCGCCCCAAUCCAGCACGGCCUUCGCCACGCAGAAACCUCGGCACGCGGCCCUGGAGCAAUCGAGUCCAUACGCAUCAAUGCUCGGAGUCGUGCUACUAGGGGUAGGGCUGAUGGCCUAUCUGAACGGGUGGCAGAAGAUGGAACGGUGA